CUGGGAUGCUGCGUAUGAAAGAGAACUGCAGUCUUUUCAAGACAUUGGAGAUGCUGGGGAAAUCUGGUUUGGAGAAGAAAGCAUGGUUCGCAUUAUCAGAUGGCUGGGAAAACAAAAGGUUCCCCUGGACAGCCCUGUGCUUGACAUUGGAACUGGGAAUGGUGUUUUACUGAUUGAACUGGCAAAGUCUGGCUACACUAAUCUCACCGGGAUCGAUUACUCUCCUUCUGCAAUACAACUUUCAGAAAAAGUAAGAGAGAAAGAAGGAAUGCCUCACAUUAAAUUGAAGGUAGAAGACUUCCUGGCUCCAUCAGCCGAGCUGUCAGGAUUUGAGAUUUGUAUUGACAAGGGGACUUUUGAUGCCAUAAGCCUGAACCCUGAUAACGCGGUGGGGAAGAGGAAGCGGUACGUGAGAUCUCUCUGCGGCGUGUUGAAACCAGAGGGCUUUUUCCUCAUAACGUCUUGCAACUGGACCAAGGAGGAGCUGUGGAACGAGUUCAGAGAAGGAUUUGAAAUUCUGGAGGAGCUGCCAACACCCAAAUUUUGCUUUGGAGGAAGAAUUGGAAACAGUGUAACAGCGUUGGUUUUCCAAAGGAAAAAAGUGAGGGCAUCCAUCUUGGACAAAUUAGAUUAGUUGAGCAAAGUCUGAACUUUAAACCUGACAGAAAACCUCAGACACGUGUGUAAAUAAAUGCUCUUUGAGUACACAGUAAAAUACUAUGUAUGGAACUCUCAGGGACUAUAAAACAUUGCCCUAGAAACAUUUCAGCUUUACAUAACUUGCCCGUAAAUUUUGUCCUUGCUGCAACCUUACUUGUUUUAGGGAAGCUGUGAGUUUGUAAGUGAGAGAGAAAUAAGGUGUUACAAGUAUGGAGCCUGAUAUAACUGACUGAUAUUUGCAUUUGGAACAUAAAGAUUAUCUGGUAUUUAAUUUCUGUGUUGGUAAUCAGUGACCAAUAGAGGUAAAGGUAUUCUGCAAAGCAAAAA